AUGGACCCGAGCUCGGAACCCCCGUACGGUAACGUUUCCGUGCUGCCGUGCGUGAACACUGACGGUGUUUCGAAGGAAAUUGAUCGAAUUGUCGCAUCCGGGCCACGGGAGCACCCGCUCCACGUGCUCGAUCUGGACAAUGUGGUCCGCAAGCACGUCAACUGGCUGCGUAAGAUGCCACGCGUGACCCCGUUCUACGCCGUCAAGUGUAACGACGAUCCGGCCAUCCUCGCUACACUGGCGCGGCUUGGGACCGGCUUCGAUUGUGCCUCGGAAACCGAGAUACGCACCAUCCUGGAGCUGGGCGUCAGCCCCGAACGGAUCCUGUUCGCCCAUCCGAUCAAAUCGCUUCCAUCACUGGCGUUCGCCCGAUCGCACGGCAUCCGCCGCAUGACGUUCGACAACGGGCCGGAACUGGAGAAGGUAGCCCGAGAGUAUCCCGAGGCGCAGCUGAUUCUACGCAUCCGCCAUGACGCGGACCGCGUGUUGAUAGCGCUGGGCAAGAAGUUCGGCUGCGAUGCCCGAGGUGACGGCCGGGAACUGUUGGCCCGUGCCACCCAGCUCGGGAUGACGGUGAUCGGAGUGAGCUUCCACGUCGGGUGCGGCAGUCUGGAUGCCGACUGUUUCUACCGUGCCAUCGAGUCCACCCGGACCCUGUUCGACUACGCUGGGUCCAAGCUGGGUCUUCGGUUACACCUUCUGGACAUCGGUGGAGGGUUUCCGGGUGACACCAACAAACCGAUCGAUCUGUACGCCGAAGCGGUCCAGAGUGCUUUACAGAACUUCUUUCCCAACGACGAGGAGGUCAAUGUAAUUGCGGAACCCGGCCGCUACUAUGUCGGUUCCGCCGUAACGCUGCUAACUACGGUCCAGGGCAAGAAGGUGAUCCGCAGUGGGUCUUCGUGUGACGGUGGUGGUGGAAUCGAGCAAAUUAUGUACUACAUCAAUGACGGAGUGUUUGGAACGCUGUUCGAUUGGGUGAGCUUGCGGGCGAUAAACGAUUUGGCUCGGGCGCUGCCCGUGAUACGGAACGAGCGCCGACAGGAACGCACCUACCGGACCACCAUCUGGGGACCGACGUGCGACUCGACCGACAUCGUGUGCGAGGACGUCCCGUUUCCCGAGCACCAGAUCGGAGACUACAUUCUGUUCGAGAACCUAGGUGCCUACGGUAUGACAUUUGCCACCAACUUCAACGGUUUCCCGAAGCCCACCGUCCAGGUCUACGUCACCGAGCACACUUGGAAGAUGCUCCACGAGAUCAGUGACACAAAUUGGAAGCAAAAAACGCUCACUUUCUUCGACCAGCGGACCACUAGCGACGGCCCGACUAGCGAUGGUGUCUAGUGUUGUGCAGUUUUUUUAAUGCCAAAUAAAAGU